CAUGAUGGUUUUUGUGUGUAUGUAUUUCAUGCAUCGUUUUUUAUUUGUUGGUGUUUUCUCUUCAUUGCGGUUCAUUAACGGUUACAUUUGUACACGCGUUCAUUUAAAAAUUUGACAGAUUGAUAAGAUCGUUUAAAACGUUGUAAAAAUUUGGCCGCCACAAUUUCAUCACAACAAUCAGCUACAGCUGAAUUGGUGAACCAAAACGAAACACACCUGAUUUUUACUACCAUCCAUUCAUUCAUUCAUUUGGUUUUCUUUGAUUCACACAUCGUGUUUUUAUGUCAAUUGUUGAUCAACUCGUUAGAGAUUGAAAUCGUUUAGCCAUGGCCGGAACAAAAUUCCAAUAUGACGAAAGUGGAACGACAUUCUACUAUUUUGUUUUGGCAUUCCUUACCAUGAUCCUUGCGCCAUGUACCUAUUUAUUUUGGCCAUGUGACAAAGACAAAGAUGAUGUUCACAAGGAACGAAAAUCAGCCCAAUCAAUCGAUAAUAAUUCACCGUACAAGCAACGGUUCAUACAGCAGUGCCGUUGUGAGCCUUGUUUGAUCAAAGAACAUUACAUGAAAUUGAAAGAACCAUCUAGAACGGUUCGUAAACGGUUAACGAAAAUUGUGCUAAUUGUCUCCUGGAUCGGAUUGAUUGUAUUUGCAUACAAAGUAUCAGAAAUUCAGCCCGACUACGUAACAUUUGAUCCGUUCGAGAUAUUGGGUAUCGAUCCACAAUCAUCAAGUGCUGAAAUCAAGAAAGCUUACCGUCGUCUAUCUUUGAUCUACCACCCGGACAAAGAGACUGGUGAUGAAAAGAAAUUUAUGAAAAUCACAAAAGCUUAUGCAGCGUUAACCGAUGAACAAGCUCGUAAAAACUGGGAAGAAUAUGGAAAUCCAGACGGCCCAGGUGCUAUGUCAUUCGGUAUCGCAUUGCCGUCAUGGAUCGUCGAAAAGGAAAAUUCAGUGUUCGUAUUGAUGGUCUACGUACUCAUGUUAAUGAUUGUAUUGCCCGUUUGUGUUCGUAUAUGGUGGUCAAAUUCGUCGAAAUAUGGCGAUUUCAAAGUGCUUCUUGACACUUCACAAUUGUACUUGUAUUAUAUAAACAAAAGUCCUCAGAUGAUGCUUCGUCGUGUGUUGAUGGUCAUCUGUGCAUCAUUGGAAUUUGACAAAUCACACAAUGGUGAGAUACAAGAACGGCCCGCCGAUAAUGUCGAGAUACCGAAACUAAUGAAACAAAUUCCGAAUCUGGCCAUGAAUAAUAAGGAACGUCCACUGUGUUUUGAAUAUAGUCUCAAAGCUCGAACCCUAAUGUACUCUCAUCUUUUACGAAUUUCGUUGCCAUCGAUGGCCUUGGAACAGGACAAAAAAUACAUCCUUAGCAAAAUCCCAUAUCUGAUCCAGGAAUUCGUACAAUGUAGCUCACAAUUGACGUUCCUCUAUCUUUCUCGUCGAAUAGCAAGAUGUCCAUCGUUAGAUACGAUGGAGAAUGCUAUGAAAAUGAACGCUCUUGUUGUGCAGGCAAUGUGGUCGAAUAAGAAUUCUAUGUUACAAUUGCCACACAUAACCGAAGAUAUGCUACGUUACUUUAUUAAUCGCCGUCGUAAUAUUCGAAACAUGCAGCAAUUGGCCUCAUUACCCAAUGAAGAUCGUCGACAAAUGUUGGCACGACUCAAUGAUGAACAGUAUUGUGAUCUGUUGAAUGUUCUUGGCCGGAUGCCAUUGUUGGAUGUGGAUGUCCGGUCGGAAGUAAUCGAUGAUGAAGAUACGGCCACUAUCACAGCUGGCGCAUUAGUCACUGUGUUUGUUAAGCUCACUCGACAACCAAUGUCGAAACUGUUUAAAGAUUUGUCUUUGGUCAACGAGAAUAAUACUUAUUCGAGCAAUCAUCUUGCUGCAUCGAGCUUAUCGCCUGCUGCCAAUAGUGAAUUAGUUAUCGAUCCUGAUGAACAGGAUGAGAAUAAAUCUGCAGCUAAAAAGAGCAGCAAACCAUGGGAAAAGCAAUCGAAAGGAAAAAAGAAAGCUAAACCGAAAAAGAAGCAGCCACUAAGACAACGUCAGAAUCAGCAACGAUCGCAACAACAACAACAGCAGAAAGGAGGAUCCCAAGAUGGGAGCAAAGUGAAGCAACAACAUUCUGAGGAAAAUGUCUCAGAAAAUUGUUCCGACAACGAAGCUCAUCAUCAUCACAAUCAUUCCCAGGAAAAUUCUGGUUCUGAAUCGGAUUCCGACGCAAAGGAAUCAGAACCGACGACCAAACGUGGCAAAGAAAGUGAAGAACCAGACGAAAAUGAGGAAUCGGUCGCCAGGCCAAGUGCUGCAAAUAAUAAAACGCAAUCAAACGAUGAUAAUGACGAUGAUGACUGGUCAAUCGUUAAGCAGAAUCUGCCGAAAAAAGAAAUUUUCAAAGCAGUAUCGAAAAUGUCGCACAGUGUGCAUUGUCCUUAUUACCCAGAAGACAAACAAGAACAUUGGUGGAUCUACAUAACUGAUCGGAAAAAGAUGUCAGUAAAGACGAUACCAUAUUUCAUGACCAAUCUUGUCGACCGUGAAGAAGUAGAGCUGAAAUUCAUGGCACCACAAGAGCCUGGAUCCUAUCAAUAUAUGGUCAAUGUCAGAUGUGAUUCAUAUGUCGAUAUGGAUUAUUUCAAAACACUCAAGUUGGAUGUGAAAGAAGCACCGAAAGAGAUUGUUUCACAUCCACAAUGGGAAAUGUCUGAAGAGGAAGAUGAUCAACAGCCGGAAGAUGAUUCGGCUGCAUCCGAUUCUGAUCUGAUUGCUAGUGAUGAUGAUGACGAUGAAGACAUUGGCGAUAAUAUGACUGCUGGAAAUCGUCAUCAUCACUCUCGCCACAGACACGAUGAUGAUGAUGUUGAUGAUGACGACGAUGAUGAUUAUGACGAACCGGAAGAUGAUGACUGAUGGCGAUGUGUUGUUAAUAAUAAGAAUAAACGUGAAAAAUAUGUUGAAGAAUUUUUAUUUUUUCAAUUAUCAUAAACAUUAAUAAAAAUUAUCUAUUUAACUGUUGUGUGUUUCGA